AUGGCUUCAAUUUCGGGUUGUGAUGUUUUUUUAGGAGUUGAAGAAGUGGAGAUAGAAAUAGAGAUGCAAAAGAUUACGGUAAAAGGGUUUGGAUUGGAGGAAAGGAAGGUGCUAAAAGCCACUAAAAGAGCUGGAAAAGCAGCAGAGCCAUGGCCAUUUUCAAGAUACUCUCAUUUUGCUUCAUUUUACAAGUAUCCAAGCUACAUUGUUAGCCAUUAUUAUGAUACACAUGGAACCAGUAAUGCUGCUCAUUUGUUCUUCCACACUCCUGCUGUUUGUUCAGUCGUUGUGGCGUUUGAUGAAACUGUUGCUUCAUCAUUCAGCGAUGACAAUCUCCAUGCCUGCACUAUCAUGUGA